CAGCUCUCGGGGCGGUGUGUUUCUUCCGCCUUGCGAUUCUUUGCUCACAAUUAACGUUUCUUCUUCUUCUUUCAACUCUCUCUCUCUCUCUCUCUCUCUCUCUCUCUCUCUUGCAUUCUUCAGUCUUUAGUCUUUACCAUACCCCCCUUGACUCUCUCUCUCUCUCUCUCUCUCUCUCUCUCUCUCUCUCACUCAGUGUGUGCAGUUUCCUUCUGAUUUCGCUUAAAGCUUUUUUCUUUUUUUGCUGUAGUUUUACCCAAAGGAUUUUGUUGCUCUACACUUUCAGAUCUUUAAUCUUUUCCUCCACUCCCGAUUGUGUUUGUUAUUCAGCACAAUAAACCAAAAAUAGAAAGAAAGAGUUGGCUUUUCGAAAUGUGGGUGCUUGGGUAAGGAGAAUGUGGUUAGAUUGAUUGAAGGUUACUCAUUUGGAUGAAGUUACUUGAUUCUUGGUUACUGAGUUUGGAAGCGUGGGUUUUGACUGAAUUGCUGUCUACAAAAGCAAAAGAAGAAAAGGAGUGAGUUUUUCGGAGUGUGGAAAAUGGGGUUUUGCAGUUGAAGGAUUUAAGGUUUGCAGAAGACUAAAAUGGAGGUUGAGAAAAAACGUUCAAAAGGAGGAUUUCUAAACUUGUUUGAUUGGAAUGGCAAAUCUCGGAAGAAGCUUUUCUCGAGCAAUUCCGAGUCAUCUGGAUUAAAGCAAGGAAAAGAAAAUGUGGAGAGUUUCUCGAAGUCGGGGCUCUAUAGGGUAGAGGGCGAGGAGAGAGGAACAACUUCAAGUAAUAAAGCAAGUAGUGAUUGGCACUAUGCUUCAUCAGUGACUAGUGAUGAGGGAUGUCGGAAUAGAGCCCCUGGUGUAGUUGCUAGAUUAAUGGGUCUGGAUUCGUUGCCAACUUCAACUGUCCCUGAUCAUGACAGGAGCAAUCGUAAUUUGUGGAGCGAUUUUUAUGCCAUGGAGUACAUAAAUGUGCCAAAGAAGCUGGAUAGAUUUUCUUGGAAUCCUGUAGAAUCUAGAGCACAGGGAGUGCAGAACCAACCAAUUGAGAGAUUUCAAACUGAAGUUUUGCCUCCAAAAUCAGCUAAGUCAAUUCCAGUUACUCACCACAAGCUUUUGUCACCUAUCAAGAGUCCUGGCUUCAUCCCAACAAAAAAUGCAGCUUAUAUAAUGGAGGCAGCCUCAAAGAUCAUUGAGGCAAGUCCUCGAGCAUCUUCCAAGAGCAAAGGGUCAUCUGUAGGGCCUUCUUCAAUUCCGUUGAGAAUUAGGGAUUUGAAAGAGAAGAUGGAAGCUGUGCAAAAAGAAUCCAGACCUGAAAGACCCAAGGAAGCUGGUGACGUUAAGUAUAUGAAAGGACUACCUGGUGAUAGGAUUCAAAAUGGGUCAGAUAAUGUACACUUACCCAAGGCUUCUGUGAACUCAGAAAGACAAAGUUACAGGGAUGGAAGGAAUAAGGGAAAAUCAGUAUCACUUGCGGUACAAGCGAAGGUCAAUGUUCAAAGAAAGGAUGGGUCGAGUAGUUUCAUGAAUCAGAAGGAACAGAAUGAGAUGAAACAAAAUCAAUUUUCUAAGAGCAGGCCAAGUCCACAAAGAGCUGUGCAUAAGAAAACUUCCCCUGACAGCACCAAAAGCGUGCUCAAGCAGAACAACCAGAAGCAGAAUUGUGUAUCUAAUAAAGAUAAAACGACUUCAAAAAAUAUGGUUCCUAAUCCACCUACUAGAAGAAUGCGGUCAACUAAUGGCUCUAGUAGGCCAGGUAAGACUGUAAGUAAGGUUCUUGUAAACUCUGAAACUGGAUCUGGAAAGGUGGGCUCAAUGGGAAAUGCUACUGGAAAGGAGUUUUCUUUAUCCACAAUGAAGAAAGUCUCUGGAAAGUUAAGGUCUGUUGGCCAGGAUGUUCACUUAGAAGAAGCCGUUUCUGAUAAUGCAUUUAUCAGUGAAGAUGAAAGGUCAGUAAAAUGUAAUGUUUCAAUGGAUGGGUGCACCAGUUUGGGCGCAGAUAAUAGGAAACAAGCCAUGGAUGUUGUUUCGUUUACGUUCACGUCUCCCCUGAAAAGGUCCAUCUCUGAAUUGCAGUCCUCUGGUCAAGUCAUGAGUAGAAACAACAGCUUUUAUAUUGAUUCUUUUGGUAACAACGAUCAGCAGCGCUACCCAGAGAAUUUCACAUUAUCUUCACCUGGGUUCAACGUGAUUGGUGGUGAUGCCCUGAGUGUCCUUUUGGAACAAAAGCUUCAAGAGUUGUCAUGUAAAGUCGAGUCGUCUCAGCGUAACCCAACCAGUGAAGAGAGUUCUGCAGCUGCUAGUUCUUCAUCUGGCUUGCAAGAUAUGGCUUCUGGUGUGGCUAGUACUGCAUCAAGAGGCAAGAAGUUCGAACUCAGUUUGCACAGAGAUGAAUUUGACAGCAUAAACCACUAUGGUUGCUUGUUGUCGGUUGAUGUGAACCAGCAGUGGAAGGGAUCAGAAGGGAUGGAAGAGUGUAGCAGUAGCAGCAUAACCAGUGCAAAUGGAAAAGAAUUUGAUUAUCAGAAUCUUAGUCCACUUUCAGCCCCCUCGUUUGAGAGUCAAAGCUGCACAGAUAACAGAAAUAGUGCCAAUGGCAGUGACAGUGAGAGAUGUUCAUUGGCUCAAGCUCAAGAUCAAAUGGAUUUAUUCUCUUCAUAUGAAACCCUACCAGCAUAUAGUGUUUCAGAGUUGUUUGACUCAGCCUCUUCUGCUUCCACAGGGGAUGUGAGUGGAAAGAAUAUGACUAGAAUUUUGGGUUCCCAUUAUCUUAAUCGAACAAACAAUUGGGAACUGGAAUAUGUGAGAUACAUCCUUAGCAAUGUAGAUUUAGAGAUGGAAGAUUUUGCGCUGGGUGAUGCUCAGACUGUCAUUACCCCAAGUCUUUUUUAUCAUUUGGGGGAUCAAGAAGAGUAUCCGAAGCUCCAGCGGAAGAUUGUAUUUGACUGUGUAAAUGAAAGCCUGCAGUUCAGAUGCAAGCAAUUUUUUGUCGGAAGCCACAAAGCAUGGGAUAAAUGGGCAGCAUUGUCUCAGAGAAAUGGAUGGUUAGCUGAGGAAUUGUACAAAGAUAUUCUGGGUUGGAAAAGUAUGGCAGAAUUGAAUGUGGAUGAGCUUGUGGACAAGGACAUGAGCACCCAGCGUGGGAGAUGGCUUGACUUCGACAUUGAAACAUUUGAGGAGGGUCUAGAGAUUGAGAUGGAGAUACUAAAUUCUUUGGUUGAUGAGUUGGUGUCUGAUUUUUAGCACUUUUAGUCCCUCUUAAGUUGGCCCUUGUAUUUAUAACCCACUGCAAUGUAUUUUAUCCAGUUGAGUUCUUUAUCUGGUGAAACUUGUAUGCUUUUCCUUAUCUAAUUUACCUUCAACAUUUUCAUCUAGCUGAGAAUUUUCUCAACAUAGAAUUUACUGCCAGUAAGACAAUUUUUCACUUCUAGUUUGAUAGUGUGUUACUACAGUAAUUCAGGCCACUGCAAACUGCAAUAUGUACGAUUUAACUGCAAUAAAAGCUCAAUGUGUUUU